CCUCCCGUUAUCCCAACGCCCGCCCAGCCCGUGAAGACAAAAAAAGGGGUGAAGAGGAAAGCAGACACCACCACCCCAACCACCAUCGACCCCAUCCACGACUCCUCAUCGCUGCCCGCUGAGCCCAAGUCCACCAAGCUGGGCCCACGCCGGGAGAGCAGCCGCCCGGUGAAGCCUCCAAAGAAAGAUGUUCCGGACUCUCAACAGCACCUGGUUGAGAAGAGCAGCAAGAUCUCGGAGCAGUUGAAGUACUGCAGCGGGAUCAUCAAGGAGAUGUUCGCCAAGAAGCACGCUGCCUACGCCUGGCCCUUCUACAAGCCCGUGGACGUGGAGGCUCUGGGGCUGCACGACUACUGCGACAUCAUCAAGCACCCCAUGGACCUGAGCACCAUCAAAUCGAAACUGGAGAACCGGGAAUACCGGGACGCGCAGGAGUUCGCGGCGGACGUGCGGUUGAUGUUCUCCAACUGCUACAAGUACAACCCCGCGGAUCACGAGGUGGUGGCCAUGGCACGGAAGCUGCAGGACGUGUUCGAGAUGCGCUUUGCCAAGAUGCCGGAUGAGCCGGAGGAACCCGUGAUUCCAGCGUCUUCUCCCGUGGUGGUGCCACCUCCCACCAAGGUGGCUCCUCCCUCCUCCAGCGACAGCAGCAGCGACAGCUCCUCUGACAGCGACAGCUCCUCCGAUGACUCCGAGGAGGAACGUGCCCAGCGGUUGGCGGAGCUCCAGGAGCAGCUCAAAGCAGUGCACGAGCAGCUCGCGGCCCUGUCCCAGCCCCAACAGAACAAACCAAAGAAGAAGGAGAAGGACAAGAAGGAGAAGAAGAAGGAGAAGCACAAAAAGAAGGAGGAGCUGGAGGACACCAAGAAGAGCAAAGCCAAGGAGCCACCACCCAAGAAGGCCAAGAAAAGCAACAGCAACAGCAGCACCUCCAGUAAGAAGGAGCCGGUGGCGGUGAAGAACAACAAGCCCCCUCCAGCCUAUGAGUCGGAGGAGGAGGACAAGUGUAAGCCCAUGUCCUACGAGGAGAAGCGGCAGCUGAGCCUGGACAUUAACAAGCUCCCUGGGGAGAAGCUGGGCCGGGUUGUCCACAUCAUCCAGUCCCGAGAACCUUCCCUCAAGAACUCCAACCCCGAUGAAAUCGAGAUUGACUUUGAGACCUUGAAACCAUCCACUCUGCGGGAGCUGGAGCGAUACGUCACCUCCUGCUUGCGGAAGAAGAGGAAACCUCAAGCAGAGAAGGUGGAUGUAAUUGCUGGUUCCUCUAAGAUGAAGGGGUUCUCCUCCUCCGAGUCUGAGAGCACCAGCGAGUCCAGCUCCUCCGACAGCGAAGAGUCAGAAACAGGUUAGAUGCAGCUUAUUUAACGCCUCAGUCCUAGCCCUGGUUUUCUGUAUAAAUAAAUAUGUUUUCAUU